AUGUCUGCUCUUGAUCCGGCUCUCAUCCAGGCUAUCCAAAAGGUUGUGUCUGAAGAGGUUAACAAUGCCAUUUCUCCACUCAAGCAAGAGCUUAAUCAGCUGAGAAGCCAGGUGUCUGGUUCCAUUGGUAGAUCCUCUGCUCAUAGUAUAAAUCUGUCAUCCGGAAUGUCUCCUAAAAUUGGUAUCAAUGGCUUUGGCCGCAUUGGAAGGCUGGUCCUCAGGAGUGCCCUGUUGAAGGGUGCCACUGUUGUAGCCAUUAAUGAUCCAUUUGUCGAUUUGAACUAUAUGGUUUAUAUGUUUAAAUAUGACAGUACACAUGGAAUGUUCAAGGGUGAUGUUAGUCAUGAAGGUGGUAAAUUGAUUAUCAAUGGCAGUCCAAUUGCUGUCUUCAAUGAGAAGGACCCUAAUAACAUUCCCUGGGGAAGUGUUGGUGCUGAUUAUGUUCUGGAGUCAACUGGAGUCUUCACCACCAUUGAAAAGGCCUCUGCUCACUUGAAGGGUGGGGCCAAGAAGGUUGUGAUCUCUGCCCCAUCUGCUGAUGCUCCAAUGUUUGUUGUGGGUGUAAACCAUCAGAAGUAUACAAAAGACCUCAAUGUUGUCAGCAAUGCUUCUUGCACCACCAACUGCCUUGCUCCAGUGGCCAAAGUUAUCCAUGAAAAGUUUGGUAUUUUGGAAGGACUUAUGACCACUGUCCAUGCUUACACUGCAACACAAAAGUGUGUUGAUGGCAUCAGUGCUAAGGACUGGCGUGGUGGUAGGACUGCUGGAACAAACAUCAUCCCAUCAUCUACUGGUGCUGCUAAGGCUGUUGGAAAAGUUAUUCCUGAGCUGAAUGGUAAACUGACUGGCAUGGCAUUCAGGGUUCCAACUCCUGAUGUGUCUGUGGUGGAUCUCACUUGCAGAUUGCAAAAAGAAACUACAUAUGAAGACAUCAAGAAAGCUGUGAAACAUGCAUCUGAAAAUGAGUUGAAAGGUGUGCUUGGUUAUACUGAGGAUGCUGUUGUCUCAACAGACUUUAUUGGUGAUCCUAGAAGCAGUAUCUUUGAUGCUACUGCUGGCAUUCAAAUCAGUCCCACAUUUGUUAAGCUGAUCUCUUGGUAUGACAAUGAAUUUGGUUACAGCUGCAGAGUCAUUGAUCUUAUUCAUCACAUGGCUACUGUUGAUGCUUAA